AACAAGUCUAUAUAUUAUACAAUAAUAAUUAGGAAAUGGUCCAUAUCUUUUAAAGAAAUUUUCUCAUUAAAUCAAAAUUGACCCCAUUGUCAUAAAUGCAUGAAAGCUUACAACCAAGGAUUCCAAAUGCGAUUCAAAGGAGGAGUUUCACUUGUGGGCUGUGGCUACUAUAAAUUAUCCACUUGUGGCCCUUCUACAUGAAAGAAAAAGAAACCCAUGAUUAAGGGCAAUAACAAUCAUUGCUAAAAAUCAUUUUGUACAAGAUGAUUCAAGGGAGGUGAGAUACAAUGAUUCAAGAUCCAGACCCGUAUUUUGAUUCAAGAACGACCCGAAAAGGAAUCGUUUCGAGUGGGAGACAAGAUUGAUUUCGGUUCUUCGUGCUUAGUUAUGAACAUAAUCGUGAACUGAAAACGUAAACUAGUGAAUUGAAGGAGUUCAACAAGAACAAAAAUCAGCCAUGAAGUUUAUGAAACUUGGUUCUCGGCCUGAUACUUUUUACAAUUCAGACUCUGUAAGAUCAGUUUCCUCCGAAGUUUCUAGUGAUCUUGUAGUUCAAGUAAAUGGAACAAGAUAUUUGCUUCACAAGUUUCCACUUUUAUCCAAGUGUUUGCGGUUACAAAGACUCUGUUCCGAAAGCCCAGAAUCGUCCUCCCAACAUCAAAUAAUCCAACUCCCGGAAUUCCCAGGAGGCACAGAAUCCUUCGAAUUAUGUGCAAAAUUCUGCUACGGAAUCACAAUUACUCUCAGUGCUUACAACAUCGUAGCAGCGCGUUGUGCAUCCGAAUACCUUCAAAUGACAGAAGAUGUCGAGAAAGGGAAUCUCGUUUACAAACUCGAUGUGUUCCUCAAUUCUUGCAUCCUCAACGGCUGGAAAGAUUCAAUCAUAACACUUCAAUCCACAAAGCCAUUCCAUUUAUGGUCUGAAGAUUUGGGAAUCACUAGCCGGUGUAUCGAAGCCAUCGCGUCAAAAGUCCUUUCUAACCCUUCGAAAGUGAGUUUAUCCCAUAGCUAUUCCCGGCGAGGGAGGGACAGAGAUGAUAUUUCUUGUAAUGGCGGCGGUGAAAGUCACCGGAAUAAUAAAACCGGUGGGAAAGGGUGGUGGGCGGAGGAUCUUUCCGAAUUGGGUAUCGAUCUUUAUUGGAGAACGAUGAUUGCCCUAAAAUCCGGUGGCAAAGUUCCUGCAAAUCUUGUUGGGGACGCGUUGAGGGUAUAUGCGUCCAAAUGGCUACCAAACGUUUCAAGAAAUCUUGAAAAGGAUGUCGAUUCAAAUCCUUCGAAUUCGAAAAGUCGGUUGUUACUGGAAUCAAUAAUCAGUUUGCUACCAAUGGAAAGAAACUCGGUUUCUUGUAGCUUUUUGCUUAAAUUAUUAAAAGCAGCGAAUAUUCUCCGAGCUUCAUCUUCUUCAAGAACGGAACUAUCUAGAAGAAUCGGCGUUCAAUUAGAGGAAGCAACAGUUCCCGAUUUAUUGAUUCCAUCUUCUUCAAACGACAUGAUUUAUGAUGUCGAUGUAAUUUUGAACAUUUUGGACCAGUUCAUGUUACAAAGUCAAAGUCCACCAACAAGUCCUGUAUAUUUAAAGGGUCGAUUUGAGCGACAUAGAAGGUCAAGGUCAGCGAAUAAUGGUGAUUUUGAGUUGCAGGAAAGUAGGAGGUCUUCUUCUGCUUCUCAUAGCUCUAAGAUCAAAGUGGCAAAGCUUGUCGAUGGAUAUUUACAGGAGAUUGCUAGAGACGUGAAUCUGCCAUUGUCGAAGUUCACUGCUUUAGCUGAAGCUAUUCCUGAUUUUGCUAGAUUGGAUCACGAUGAUCUUUACAAAGGCAUUGAUACUUAUCUCAAGUCACAUCCAAACCUCAACAAAACAGAAAGGAAGCGACUUUGUAGAAUACUUGAUUGCAAGAAGUUAUCAAUGGAAGUUUGCAUGCAUGCAGCACAAAACGAACUUCUCCCAUUACGUGUAGUGGUUCAAGUCCUUUUCUUUGAGCAAGCUCGGGCAGCUAUGGCUGGCGGGCAGCUGACCGAUCUGCCCAGUAACAUCAAAGCACUAUUAGCUGCUCAAGAUGAUGCAACAUCAAGGCCACCAGGCUCAAUAAGCACCAACAGAAGCAUGGUACAACCAGAAGAUCAAUGGAGUGUUUCGGGUCUUAAAUCACCAAAAUCAAGUCUUUCCACAUUAAGAAUGAAGUUAGCUGAAGAUGAUGAUUUGGAUGAACAUUUUCAAGCUAACUCUUCAAAAGUGAAGCAACUUUGUUCACUUCCUAAUCGCCCUAAACGAAUGUUUAGUAAGUUAUGGUCCUCAAACAGAAGCACAACUGAAAAACGUUAAAAAAAAAAAAUCUCAUGCGGGUAAAUCUCUCUAUUUUAUUUUAUUCAUCUUUUUAAAGUGUCUUGUAAUCUUUAGGGAAGUUAAAUUGUGAAUUGUUGGUGUAAUCUAUGGUAAUAAAUAAGAAAAAAGAAGGGAAUUUUCUUGAAAUUUGGUGUACUUUUCAAGAUUCUGGCAGAAUGCAUAAAACUAAAGAAAUUUAUGAUGGGGACAAAGGGUAAAUCACUUUUUAUUUCAUUAUUUAUUUAUUUUGAAAUGUGUGUAAAGUUUAGGGAAUUGAUGUUGUGAAUUGUUGGUGUGAUCUAUGGUAAUAAAUAAAAAUAAAUGGAAAUUUUGAUAAAA